GAAUACCUACACUAUAUUGAUUGCAGUUUUAGUUAUGAACUGCAAUUUACUAUUUAGUAAAUUUUUUUACGAUUUAUUUUAAUAUUAUAUUUGAAUAAUAUAUAUUUUUAUUUGUAAUAUAAAAUUAUAUACUUUGUGUUUAAGUAUUAAUAACUUUUUGUAGAUUACACCGUGAUUACCAAACAGGUAUAUCAAAAAUUCAAUAUGCAUACCGAUCAACAAGUGAAAAAAAGAUUACAAGAUGAAUUUAACGACAUAGAAUCGAAGAAUAUGUGGAACAUCACGUUCAGAUUUGUUGAAGUAGAAAGUUCAAAAAUUAAGAAAACAUCUGAUGAAGCAAAGAAACCACAAAAUAAGGCAUUAAAUAGAUAUCAAGAUGUUUCGCCUUAUGAUGAAACUAGAAUUAUCCUAAAGAGAGGAAAUGUAUCUUACAUAAAUGCCAAUCUUGUACAAGUAUGUAAUUGUGAAAGGCAGUAUAUACUGACUCAAGGACCCUUAGAAAACAGCACUUCUCAUUUUUGGCUUAUGGUGUGGGAACAAAGUUCUAAAGCCAUCGUAAUGUUGAACAAAGUUAUCGAAAAGAAAAAACUUAAAUGUCAUCAAUAUUGGCCAAAGAAAAAAAAGGAUAAUGAUAAAUUUGUAUGGAAUGAUGUUGGUCUAUCUGUAGAAUUUGUCUCUAAAAUCAAUCAUGGGUUUUAUGCACUAAGUGUUUUAAAACUUAAUGACUUAGAUUCUGGAGAAUCUCGUGAAAUUUAUCAUUUCCAUUAUACUGAUUGGCCAGAUUUUGGAGUACCCAAAACACCCACACCAUUUUUACGAUUUCUCAGAGAUGUUAGACGUAGUGGUAGUCUUGAUCCAUCUCACGGACCGAUUGUCGUUCAUUGUUCUGCAGGAAUAGGUCGUUCGGGAACAUUUUGUCUAAUAGAUUCCUGCCUUAUAAAAAUGAAUACACCAGAAGGCUUAAACUAUGUUCACAUACGUACAUUACUAGCAGAAAUGAGAAAAUGUAGAUUGGGACUUGUUCAGGCUCCCGAACAACUUCGAUUUGUAUACCAAAGUGUUAUUGAAGCCCUUGAUUCAAAUUGGGAAGCGGAUAAUGAGGAUAAUUUACCUAGUUUAGAUGGCUCACUGUUGAAUAAUAUAAGCGAAUCAGACUGUGAAAGUAGUGAUAGCGAAUUAAGUAGUGAAGCACCCCCCUUACCGCCCCCUCGUAUGGAAUCAUUAAGGCAGCAGGAUGAAGAUGAUUAUGAUGAUGAAGAAUCGUUAGUGUCAGAAUCUGAUAGUGAUGAAAAUGAAUCAACUCCACCACCAUUACCACCUCCUAGAGAUCUCGAUUUAUCUAAAUCUAAUGAUCGUAUGAAUACAACAAAUACCAAAGACGAACGUAACAAGAACAAAGCUGAAGGAGAGGCAGAAAAAACCAAAAUUAUGGCCGACAAAUUAAAAAUAAUGAAGAGAAAACAAAAAGAGCAAGAAAAAUGGGAACAAAUCAAAAGGUCGUGGUUUUAUCCAUUGAGAAAUUUAGGAAUUGGAGUUUUAGCUCUUAGUGGUGGUGUAAUGAUUGUUGCAUACUUGAUGAAUUAUAAAAAAUAACGGUUUUUCAUUUAGUUAUUUAUACUCGGCUUUACAAUUUACAAGGGCAUUAACAGACAUAUACAAUGUUUGCUUUAAUUUAAAUAUAAUAAGAAGUGGUAAUAUAGAUGACGACCAAAUAUUUAUCAAAAUAGCUAAACUUCCAUUUGAAUAAAAAGAAGACUGAAAAUAAGCAUAAUAAAAAUAAUAAAAAAAAUAAAGCCAAAUUUUACUUUGAUUCUACCUUAGUUUUAAUUUGUUUUAUAAUUUUAAUAAAAUUACAUGGAAUUUUGUCUAUAAAACAAAUUAAAAUUAUCUUUGUGAAUUGUAGAUGUCGAGCUUUAUAAACAAAACAAGAAUGUAAAUAAUUUCUAAUAGCAUAAAUCAUACCAUUUUACUUAAAUUUAGUCAGUAACACAUGUAAGUAAAUAAUAUAUCUAUUUUCUUAAUGAAUUGAUUAAAAUUAAUCAUUCCGUAAAUUAUAUUAUACUGUCUAAUGAAAUAACACUAUAUUAUUGAGUUGAAUUAAGUUUUAUUUUAAUAAAAAUAUAAAAUGUUAAUCUACAAUCACAAAUUGUGGUAAUUAAAUAAAAAACUAAUUAAUAUGAUGUGUGUUCUCUUAUUUAUUUUUAAAAUUAAAAUAUGAAAAAUUUAAUUAAAUAAAAUAUAAGAAAAAAUUUAAUUUUUAACUACCUACAUUUAUUAUACUUUGAUGUAUUAUUAGUUUUCUUUUAAUUAUUGUCUUUGGAAUAUGGAUGAUACUGUUAAGAUCAUUAUUUAUUUAAAUUUGAUAUUAAUAAAUGUAAUGUAAUAUUAUGAAAACUUAACUCAAGGAAACAAAUUAUCAAAAUAUGUGAAUGAACGAUUUUAAUUUGAAAAAAAAUUAAGAUCUAAAUAUAUCUAUAAAUUAUUAUUUAUUGAACUCUGCUUGAGCUUAACAAUGAAAAAUGUUUUUUUUCUAUUCAACAUUGUAAAAAUGUAUUAUUCUUAAUAGGUAUCUAGUUAAUAACUAAACAGUGUAACUAAUAUUAUUAAGACAUAAGCAAUUAAGGUUUAGGAUAUUCAAUUAUUUUUGUUAAGUAUUUUAAAACAAAAUUAUAAAUAGUAACUUAAAUAUUUUAAAUUAUAUAUUGAUCAAAUGUACUACUGUCAGAAUAUAAAAUUUAUCCAAAAUAACUAUUAUUGUUAUUUUAUCACAACUAUGUUAAUUUAUUAAUUAUUAUUCUACUUAAUGAAAUGUACUUUUAAUCAUUUUAUGGAAGGUAAAUAAUGUUUGCUCAUACCAUAAAGACUGUUUUGAAGAUUGCGUUUAAAUUUUAAAUAUUAAUUAAAAUGUUGAAAAUACAGAAUUACUUAUUUAUGAUUAGUGAUAGGUAAACAUUAUACUAUUUAAUAUAUUAUACUGUGUGUUAUACAUUUUUAUAAUAUUUAAAUUUAAUCAAUACUUAAUAAAUACCUUGAAUACAAUUUAA